AUCUCUGCAGAAGAAGUGCUCAGUGCUGCGACCCUGUUCAAUGGCCUGGAUCAAACUUUGAAUGCGCAUUCCCGCCCCUACGCAGCAUCCUAUCGAACGUAUGUAACACCGCAUAAAGACCAUGGAGACGCCGCUCCUGGAGAGGACGGUCAGUGUUGUAAAACAUCCUCACUAGUUCUUUGGGGCCGUGAUGCUCUUUGGUUGCACGAAUUUGAUAGUGAUACAGAGGAAGUUCCGCAUGGGAACAAGUGGUUGUCCGAAGCAAAUGCCUCCUGGCCUCAUCGCACUCCGACUCUUUUACGAACUACUGGAUGGGAUACAGAAGCGAAUACGAGUGAGGAGUGCUCUGACAGGGAAAAUGCUGAUCGAUUCCACCUGAGCGAGAUCGGGAUCAAGUUGCUCCGUGCCGCAUUGCAACCGGUAAAGACUGUUGCCUGCCGAGUGUGA